CCGAGAGGGCCCCAGGAUGGCCCAAGACAGAAGAAGGAAGGAUUCCGUAGCCAUUUUGGCUCAAGCCCUUCUGGCUCAAUCCAAUGAGGCCGGAGCCAUAUUGGCUCGAAAUGUAUCAGUUCGAGGGUUCGAGUGUGCUCAAGGCAGAGACAUGGCCCCGCGAAUAGACUACGUUGCUGUUGCUUUCGGGCUGGAGAGCGUUACAGCAUAUACGGUAUAGUUAUCAUGCCUGUAUGCCGGCCUCGCUCGAAAUUUUGUUUGAAUGAUGCGCACAUGCUCGCGGGUCUGCGAGGAGGGUUGUGCCUGUCUGAUCGCUACGAGAACCAAAUGAGCUUGCUUCUCUGGCAAUGCAUCAAGGGGCAUCAGUGGAGGGCUCGAUUUCGCGGUAUCCGGCUUGGCACUUGGUGCCCACAUUGCGCCGGCAACGCACCUCUCAGUUUGAAUGAUGCCUCCCGCAUUGCAGAUUCCAAAGGUGGACUCUGUCUGUCGGUGUCGUACGUCAACAAUCACACUCCGAUACAUUGGAGAUGCGCAGUGGGGCACGAGUGGCUCGCAUCUCUCGCUAACGUAAAACAUGGGGGAACAUGGUGUCCGCAUUGUGUAUCCAGGGCACCUCUUAGCAUUGAGACCGCAAGGCGCUUGGCCGCCAUGCGGGGAGGCCAGUGCAUGUCAGAAAACUAUUUACACGUCCGGUCAAAGUUGCACUGGCAGUGCGCUGAAGGCCACACUUGGUUUGCACGGUUCGGGUCCAUCAAGUAUCAGAAGUCGUGGUGCCCCGUUUGCUUCAGGAAGCGGGCUGCAGACCGUGACCGCAUGCUUGCUAUGGCCAAGCUCGUUGCCACAGCCCGAGGUGGCAUCUGCGUAUCAUCGACUUACCAGAACAAUCGCACGCGUAUGCUCUGGGAGUGCCACGAUGGGCAUCAAUGGGAAGCGACUCUGAACAAAGUCAAAGAUGCCAAGAAUUGGUGUCCCUUCUGCGCGUCUGGCAAGACUGAGAGACGAGUGAGGGUAUUUCUAGAGAAUAUUUUUCCAGGACAUGCGUUCAGGACCCGAAGACCUUCUUUUUUAAUGGGUCGAAGGGGCAGGCCACUGGAGUUGGACGGAUAUUGCGAAUCCCUUAGUCUCGCAUUUGAGUACAAUGGGGAGCAGCACUAUAAUCCUCAAUCUUAUUGGAAUCGUCACAACAGACAUGCUUUUACAAGUCUGCGCGAGCGCGAUCAAUUGAAGAUAUCAUUGUGCGAGGCGUUUGGAGUUUGGUUGAUCAUCAUUCCAUGGACAGUCGAAAACCAUUGGUUUUUCCUUCACAUUGUUCUGCUACGCUGGUUUAAGAUUUCAGAAAUCAACUCGUUGUCUUUGACAUCCUCGCUGACACGGUGCUGUAUUGAUUCGGACAGCACAGGUAAGGUCUGCCAUGGUACACCAGGUGAUGAGUCUGAAUGUAUACAGAUGGGUGACAACACUCAUCCUGGACACUCUUUCUCCAUUCCCGUAUAAGCGAAGACGUGCGCACGUUGUCCCACCGUUCAAGGAUACGGAAUUCCGUCCCCUAUACAUGUUUUGCCGAAGCCGCUUCGAUCACAUGGCGAUUUCAGCAUUCCGGUUCCAAGGAGUAUUCUCUUUGGGACAUGUAUAUUCAUGGCAUAUGUUUGCGUCUUUUGGAGCUGAAAAGUGCACACGACGGCCCCAGAGACCUCCGAGAUGGUCCU